AUUUGUUAAAAAAGAAUCAAAGUAAUACAUAUAAUCUUUUUGGUUCUUCAUUUGGUGGAAUUGUAGCAUAUGAAAUGGGAUGCAAAUUGGUUAAACAAGGAAAAUCCGUGAAUUUAAUCAUGGUAGAUACACCAACUGGUCAAGACAUGACAAAUUCAACGAUAAGUGUAGCAGAAAUUUUACAUUAUAUUUAUUCCAAAACAUAUAAUUUAGAUGAAUUGAUUGGAAUGGAUGAUGAUGAGAAAGCAUUGCAGAUAGCCAUCGAAAAGGCAUCAACAUUGGAUACGAAACAAAAUCAAGUAAUUAUCCCAGAAGGCUUUGCGAUAACAAUGUUAAAAAGAUAUUUUGAUGUGAUUAAAUUUAAUAUAAAAGCAAUGAAAACAUAUCAAUUGCCAAGAUCCGAAAAACCGAUACCAAUUAUAUAUUUCAAAGCAAAGAUAAGGAACAAUUUAGAUCUUGAAUUUCCAGAAAAAUCUUGGAUUAAAAUACAAGAAAUUAAUGGGGGAAAGUUGGAUUGUAUUGAAUUGGAUGGGGAUCAUAUUAGUGUGAAUUUAUAUCCGGCAUGUAAAACAAUUACUGAUUAUAUCAAACAAUAUUUUAAAUCUAAUUAUCAUCAUUCUAAAGAGAGAAUUAAUUAG